UUCUCCAAGGAUGUAAUGAUGAUAUACAAGCCCAUGGUAUUCGAGACGUGCACGAAUGAUUCGGAUCUAGUUACACCUUUCUUCGAUUUCAAUCGAAAGCGCUAUGUGCUCCACAUUGAUGAGAGUGUCGCAGCGAAAAUACUUAAUUCCAGUGAAACUGAAUUUAAUUGUUACUAUCAGGAAAUAACACGAUAUGCAGACCACGACAGUUAUGACGACCUGCCACCGAGGAAAUACUUCAGCCAGGAUUACGUAGUACCGUUACACGUUCAGGGCAUGAUACUGGGCUGUAGCGAGGUAGCUAACGAUUCGAAUGUGCUGCAGACCGAUGCAUUUGGAUUCGUUCAGCACAUCCCAACACCUUUAGCCGUGGCAAAGACGCAUGCUAAGCCGGCACACCGAAAACCCAGUGUUAUAAUGUUCGGCAUUGACAGCCUCUCGAAGUUUAAUCUGAGGCGCACCAUGCCCAAAGUUUACAAUUACCUAACGCGGGAAGGGUGGUAUGAGAUGCAGGGCUACAAUAAGGUGGCUGACAACACUUUUCCCAAUCUAAUGGCCAUUCUAAGCGGCUAUUCGCCCGACGCGGCCAACGAGAAAAUCUGCAAUACGAGUGAAAAGGGCUGCUUUGAUCGGAUUCCGUUCAUCUGGAAGUAUUUGAAGAAUGUGGGCUACUUGACCGCCUAUGCUGAGGACUCGAGCUUCAUGAACACCUUCAACUAUUUGAGGCCGGGUUUUCUCAUACAGCCCACUGACUACUAUUAUAGACCUAUGCUGAAGGCCUUCAAUGACGAGAUGAAAGCUUGGAAAUGCGAAGAGUGCACACUUACUUAUUGUAUCGGAAGACGAAUCCAAAGUAGCUACGUUUAUGACUACGCCAAGGAGUUUGUCAGGCGCUACGUGAGCGAGCGGCCCAUUUGGGGCCUGUUCUGGUCGAGCAGCUUUAGCCACGACGACUAUGCUAUGCCCUCGAAGAUGGAAAACUUUGUCCUACAAUACUUACUGGACUUCGAGAUGGAUAGUGUUUUUGAUGAUAGCAUUGUAAUAUUUUUGUCUGAUCAUGGUGCCCGUUAUGGCAAAUUAAUGGAUUUAGACAGUGCUUACCUAGAGGAGCGCUUGCCCGCGAUGUUCAUCUACUUGCCGCCCUGGUUUCGGGCACAGUAUCCGCAGUAUGCGAAGGCCUUAAAGACAAAUCGUAAUCGCCUGACAUCCAAUUUCGAUCUGCAUAAUACGCUCAAGCACAUCGUCGAAUUAGCCGGUGUGUCCAAUGCUCCUCCACUGCCCAAGGCCAACGAUUGUCCCACUUGUCAAUCGCUGUUCUAUCCAGUGAGUGCGUCUCGAAACUGUUCGGAUGCCGGCAUACCCGAGCACUAUUGUACUUGUGAGCCAUUUAAAAAUAUCAAGAGUGAUUGGUCCUCGCGUAUUGCGCAUCGGGUCAUCGAUCGCAUGAACGACUAUCUGUGGGCCAAAAAUAUGAGCAGCCUCUGCCAUAAUCUCACUUUAGACUAUAUUCAUAAAACGGAAAUUAAGAUCGGACUAGAGCACAAUUUCAACGAUGACCUGUCGCAUAUGGAUAUUGGCGUCUAUCGCACCAAGUUCAAAGUUGAACAAAAUAGCGCAGACUUUUAUGCAACUGUCAUUUACAAUAAUAUCACCAAUCAUGUGGAUGUCGAUGUGGAGACCAUCAGCCGCACAAAUUCCUACGAAGAAGACUCAACCUGCAUACAGCAUAAGAUUGUCAAGCUAUAUUGCAUAUGCUUUACAAACCUAAAGUCCUAA